AUGGCCACCGCACGCGUCCCGCUCAAGUAUGGCUCGGAAGAAGGUCUGAUCCAAGUCAGCCCGCGCCGCACGCCGCGCCUCUCGCGCUGGACGUGGGUUGCCGCCGGCGCCUUCAUUGGCGUCAACGUGCUCGUCCUCGGCGGCAUCGUGCUCGUGGGCAGCCGCGUCAACGACUCGCUCACGCAAUUGCAGUCGCUCCAGGCGGCCCAGGCGGCCCAGCAGCUCUCUAUCGCGUCGCUUCCACCCAAGUUUGCAGUCCAGUACGUCACGCCGCGCCAGGACCAAGCGCGCCGGGGCACGUGCUGGGACUUUUCGACCAUUGCGCUCCUCGAGUGGUCGUACCGCGAACACGGUGUGCGCAACGGCUGGCUCGCGCCGGACGAGUACGUGGCGUUCUCCGAGCAGGCGUACGGCAUUGAGAUCAUGAAGCUCUGCACGGGCGAGGCCAACUCGCCGCAGCAAAAGGACUGCCGAGUCGGUGGUGACUUUAUUUGGAACCAAACGACCGAGGGCGGCGAGAACUACGACGUCUACUACCUCAAGGAAGGUCUCAAAGAGUCGGUGCUGCCCAUCUCCGUGUGUCCGUACACGACCCAUGACGGCAACAACUCGGUAUGCCCCGGCCUCGACGCGGCGCUGGCAACCAACCCGAUCAAGUUUGACGUUCGCUCGAUGGACACGUACUACGACGACUUGACCAUCAAGCGCGAGAUGUUCCGCCAGAACAAGGCGAUGGCGCUCUCAACGCCGGUCGCUACGUCGUUGCACUAUUACCCGUGCAUUGGCCCGUUCCUAAAGGACCCGCACUGCCAAUUGACGUCCGACAAGUGCAUGCUGUGCCCGAGCGACAUGGCCAUGACCACGUGCUGCGUCCCCGCGCCAGGCAGCCGCAACCCCAACAUGGAAGGCGAGUUUUACGCGCACCGCGGCUUGGCGUACGAAGGCGGCCACGCAAUGCACCUCGUCGGCUACAACGACGCGUUUCUCAACCACGAAGGCGAGGUCGGCGGCUUCAUUCUAAAGAACUCGUGGGCCGACGGCCCGAGCCAGGGCAGCCAUACGCUCAAGUACUGGCUCCAGGACAUUUCGGACUGGGAAGAACGCACGAUUUGCCCCAACAGCUACAAUCCGACCAGCUGGUACAUGUGCGGCAACGCCGACGAGCUCCUCGUGACGCCAAGCAGCAACGGCACGACGUCGUACAACAAGGGCAUUGAAGACUGUCUCUCGGCGACGACACAGGAGUUUGCGAAGAUGAACGUCCAGCCGCUCGAGCUCGCUUGUACCGACAGCGCGCACUGCCUCGUCAACGCCGACACAACGUACUUUGUGCGCAACACGACCGACUGGGGCGACCGUAUGACGCUCAUGUGCGUGUGGGAGUACAACCAGAAGGCUGGCACCGCGCGCGACUACUGCCUCCUCCCGAUGCUGGAAAGCCAGCUCGCGCGCACGCUCCGCCCCAAGACGGUGCGCGAGAACGACACGGACCGCUGCGGCUUUUACUUCAUCUCGUACGACGCAGUGCGCCGGUACGCGACGCAAUUUGGUCAGUUCUUUGUCAACUCGUUUGACAUUGUCUGGGACGACCGGUCGUUCGUCGCCAACAAGGCCAAGCACCCGGCCUUCGACUACUCGCUGCUCACGUCGUCGACGCGCAAGCAGCACCACGACGACUUUACGGGCCCCCACCCGUUCGCCGAGCUCGUCGCGUCCUUCCCCAACAAGAAGGCGUAG